AUAUAUGUGACAUUUGACAGUUGACAGCAGUCAGUAGUCAUAAUAUAUAUCCAAAAAAAUCUGUCUCUACAUCUCGUUGUUGAAAAAAGGAAGAAUUAAAAAUAUUGUUGUGUUACUGCAUCCAUUAAUAUUUUCCAGUUAAAAUCCAAAAUGUCCUUAUUCGUAAAACAGUUGGCUCGUAGGGUCAUCAGCCCUGCACUAACGACCGCUAAGAAAGUAAAUUUUUCCACAACCAGUGCAGUUUUUGUUCCGAGGGUACAAAAGCCAGCUCCAGAUUUCUGUGCCACAGCCGUUGUAAAUGGUGAAUUCAAUCAGCUAAAAUUAGCAGAUUUUUCUGGAAAAUAUGUGGUUCUGUUCUUCUACCCAUUGGACUUCACAUUUGUCUGCCCUACUGAGCUUAUUGCGUUUAGCGAGAGGGCUAAGGACUUUGCCAGCAUUGACUGCCAAGUGAUUGGUGUCUCCACAGACUCUGAGUUCAGUCAUCUUGCCUGGGUUAACACACCCAGAAAGGAUGGCGGUCUGGGCAAACUGGACAUUCCCCUGCUGGCUGACUAUAAAAAGAAGAUCUCGCAGGAUUACGAUGUUUUAUUGGAUGACGGGUUUGCACUUCGCGGUCUGUUCAUCAUUGAUAGGAACGGCGUGUUGAGGCACAUGUCAGUCAACGACCUGCCCGUCGGUAGAUCUGUGGACGAGACCCUGAGGCUGGUAAAGGCUUUCCAAUUCGCUGACAAACACGGAGAAGUGUGUCCAGCGAACUGGAACCCAGACACGAACGCUGACACCAUCAAACCAAAUCCCAAGGAGAGCAAAGAAUACUUCAAGAAAGCCAAUUAAAUAGUUGUGUCCAGUAUUGAUGAUUAAAUCCCAGUAAUUUGCUUGAAUAAGCGAUUUUUGCAUUAAGCUUCGUGUAGAGAACAUGUAAAGGGCGGUGGGGUUGUAAAAUAUUUUUAUGAAGUUACCUUUAAAUAUACCUUUUUUCGUUGAA